GGGCGCUCCCACGCGCGUGCGGGCUGGGAGGCCGCGGGCCGGUGGGGAAGCUGGGCUUGUCUCAGGAGGCGGAUCGCCCCCUCGGGUGGGGAUGCUUUCUUCGGCGGGGAGUGGGGUCUAGAGUCGUGUUCUCUGAAGUGUUUGGAAGGAAAGAAGGACCAAGGUUCUUCUGACAGCUUAGCCCCCGGGAGACAUUCAGUGAACUGAAGGCUCAGGGCUCCCACCCUAAGUGGGAGGAAACAAGGUCCUGAAGUGCUUGCCCUCCCCACCUGCAGGCUGCUACCAUGAGAUUAAAUGAGAACACCUUGCUGCUGGGAAAGAAGGUGGUGCUGGUACCCUACACCUCAGAGCACGUGCCUAGGUACCACGAGUGGAUGAAAUCAGAGGAGCUGCAGCGUUUGACAGCCUCUGAGCCCCUGACCCUGGAGCAAGAGUAUUCGAUGCAGCAGAGCUGGCGGGAAGAUGCAGACAAGUGCACAUUCAUUGUGCUGGAUGCAGAGAAGUGGCAGGCCCAGCCACGCACCACUGAAGAGAGCUGCAUGGCGGGAGAUGUGAACCUCUUCCUCACAGAUCCAGGGGACCCCUCCUUGGGGGAGAUUGAGGUCAUGAUUGCAGAGCCCAGCUGCAGGGGCAAAGGCUUUGGCACCGAGGCUGUUCUCAUGAUGAUGUCUUAUGGAGUGUCCAAGCUAGGUCUGACCAAGUUUGAGGCUAAAAUUGGGCAAGGAAAUGAACCAAGUAUCCGGAUGUUCCGGAAGCUUCACUUUGAGCAGGUGGCUGUGAGUAGCGUUUUUCAAGAGGUGACGCUCAGACUGACAGUGACUCAACAUGAGCGGCAGUGGCUUCUGGAGCAGACCAGCCAUGUGCAGGAGAAGUGCUAUAGAGAUGGGCUGUCAGAGUCCCAUUGACCACUGACCUUGCGGGCAGCCACCCUGUGUGAAUGGGGGUGGUGGGACCACGCAGUCCAAAGGAGGUGAACCUUUGAGGCCUUUGGGGCAGAGUGCUUCUACCUCCAUCUAGCCUGGGAGCCUCCUUUUGGGGCCCUUCAGAUUCUGGGCUGGACUUGCCUUGGCUUCCCUCAGGCUGGCAGUGUGGAUGAACUGCGCCAGGGCUGGCCAGGAGAAACCUGGAGUGGACUCUCGGACCUGGAGUGGACAGCACGAAUUCACCGGAGGCAGGGUGGAGGUGGGAACAGAGGUGAAUGGGGGCCUGGUGCAUGGCCAGGAUGCCCCCUUUCCCUUGGAAGGGCAGAGGCGGUGCCCUGGAGUGGAGGCCCUGACCUGGAGUAAAGUGUACUGCACAGCA